AUUUUAUUGUGGUUGUUUUCAGUUUUUUAAGUGUUAUUGUCCUUGACAUAAAUUUGCAAUUUUCAACUUGUUCAUGCGUAACUCAAACAAGUUGUAUUUGAAAAGUUUCUUUGCCUAUUUAUAUCGUAAACUGCGCAUAAAUAUUUUAAAACUUCCGCGUUAAUCUUUUGAUUCGUCUAGUCCGAUUUGUGUUCGAAAUUGAAGACAGAAGUUUUGAUAAAGAAUAUAUUUUGAAUUUCAGUUAUAGAUUAAUACAAGGCUUUUAGAUACUGUAAGAAUGGAACUCAGUAUUAUUCAAAAACCAGAGCUGGUUGUUGCCAUAGAUUUUGGCAGUACAUAUAGCGGAUAUGCUUGGCAAUGGAGGACAGAUUUUGUAAGGGAUAGAGGAAACAUCCAGUUCAAUACUAACUGGGGAAGCGGGGCAUUACAGCUUCAUAAAACUACAACCUGUUUGCUUCUCAAAGCAAAUGGAGAUGAUACAAGUAAAUACGAAAUUGAUUCCUUUGGAUAUGAAGCUGAAAGAAUAUAUAUAAAUAUGGCCAAAGAGCACGAAAAAGAUAAAAAGAAAACCUUAGGCAGAGGUGAUGCAGACAAUUUACAUGAAACAUGGUACCUGUUUAAAAGAUUCAAACAUAUUUUGUAUACAAAGAAUAUUGAUUACGAAAUGAUAGUAGAGGAUCAACUUCAUAGACCGUUCCCACUAUUACACGUUUUGUCAAAACUUUUGAAAGCGUUGAAGGACCACUUCAUAAACAAUCUAAAAGAAAAGGGACAAAGAGUUAACCUAGACAAAACACUUUGGGUAGUUACUGUUCCCGCAAUUUGGUCAGAGAUGGCAAAGGCGUUUAUGAGAUAUGCGAUGGAAAAGGCAUUAAUGGAAGAUACAGAGGAAAUAGAAAAGAGCUUUACCAAAACGAGAAGAAGAAAUUUACUUCUCGCGUUGGAGCCAGAAGCAGCAGCAAUAUAUUGCAUCCACCUUCCCGAUGAGCAACGAGCCAAUAUGAAUGAGCUCGGAGCACCGGGGCAAGUCUUUCUUACAGCAGAUCUUGGCGGAUUGACUGUUGACCUUUCUUUAGUUAAAGUACUAGACGAUGGUUUACUUGAGGAGAUUUACUUAUCUCGAGGAGACCUAGCUGGUGGUCAAAAUGUCAAUGACGCCUUCUUUCAAGCUUGCCUCGAUAGUUUUGAUGGAGAAUUAUGGAAGACAAUAUUUGGUAAAUCAACGCCAAUAGAGUGUCUAGAAAUGGAAGAUGACUUUGAACAAAAGAAAGUUACAAUAGGAAAAAAGGACCGAAGGCUUGAAAAAAUUGUUCUUAAAGUUCCUUACACGAUUAUUAAAGAAAUAGAUCAGAACAAUAUAACGUGUAAGGAUGCACAUGAUUUUAUCCUAGAGGAGAACGAGAUAAAGGUCAGGUCAGAAUUUGUCCGAAACAAACUUUUCAAAGAAACUUGCAUCAAAAUGUUUGAUAUAAUGAAAACGGUUUUGCAAUCUUUUGGUUUUAAAGAUUGCAGAACAGUUGUACUUGUUGGUGGAUUUGCUGAAUCCCCAAUUGUAGUACAACAUAUACGCGAAGCUAUUAUGGAAAAUUUUCCAGAUAUAAAAGUUGUUGUGCCAACCUCGCCUUUCCAAGCUGUUCUAAAAGGGGCCGUUCUAUAUGGUCAUGAUCCGAUGAUAUUUAGAAGCCGUAUUGCAAGGUAUACUUACGGUGUGGAGAUACGCUGUCUCUUCAAUGAGAAAAAGCAUAAUAAAGAGAAAAAGUGGCUUAACACUGAAGAUAAUAAAUAUUAUUGCAAGGAUGUGUUAGCGGUUCAUGUGGAAAAAGGUCAGUCUGUGAUACUGAAAGAGCAACUUGAGGAACAUAGAUACCACCCAAUGUUUAAGAAUCAGAAAAGUGCGAAAGUUUCAAUUUAUGCUUCAGAUAGAGCCCCAGUGAAUAGUACAGUGGAUGGUGAACCUAAAGAUGUCAUGUAUAUUACAGAUGAAGGAUGUGAGAAAAUCGGUGAAAUAGAUGUUGAGAUACCCAAUACUUUACUUGGAACGGAAAGAAAUCUUCUUGUCAGAAUGGUGUAUGGUGGGACAGAAUUAUCGGUUAUCGUGAUAGAUGAAACAAGCGGCAAAGAUUUCCCAUUGAGCAUAAAACUGAUCUAACCAGAUGCAAACACAUGAUUUGUGAAAGAGUAAAGUUUGAUUGAAUAUCAAACCAAAUGUUUAAUUCUUGUAAAAAAGAAAUUGACAGCAAAUAUUGUUUUCAAUUGUUGUAAUCGAUUCCCGAAAGGGUUGUUAUAUGUCUCAGUUAUUUUAAACAUUUGAAUAUGGUACAUAAAUAGAAUAAAAUGAUACUGAACAAACUAUCAUGCUGCUAUUUAAGAGGGGCUUUAUACCUCCAGCAAUGAAUUUGUGUAUGCACUUUCUGUUCUUAAGGGAAAACACUAACAUAUUUCAUUUUAUACAGACACUCAGAAGUAUUUUUUAUAAAAAAAUUCAAUCAAUUAUUGUUUAACCAGAUUCAAAGUUUUUUACUCUUAAAAACAAAAUGAGCUUGGAAUAGAUCACUCUUAUAAACCUUCAAUUUUUUUUACUAUUUUAUCCUUGAAGAAGUAUUUAAGGUAAGCCUUCUAACAAAAAAUAGUGAAAAACAGAAUCCCUAAAGAAAGCCCAAGACGGCAAAAUUGUAAAAUGUUGCAGGCUCGGUUUGAUUGAGCCUGUUCAUUGACGGUACUGGAAAGUGCAAGUUACCGUCCACGCCCCCUAGCACCGGCUUAAGUAGAAUUCAACAUGCUGGGACUUUAAAAACUUCAUUUUAACGUGAUUUGAGUAAGUUUGAUAAAUUUGAUAUUUUGUCAAUCAUUUGGCUUAGUAUUCGUACACUAUAUUUGUAGUGAAAAGAGAAUAUAUGUAUUAUUUUGUUCAUAUAUGAAAUUAUUCAUUGAUUGAAAGUAUUGAUUUUUUUUGCCUCUUUUAAAAUGAAUUUAUACAUCAAUGAGAUAUAGUUAUAACAUUAUUACCCAACAAAUUUGCAAUAUUUUGUUUAUGUAUUUUUUAUCUAACUUUACUCGGCACUUUUGUUCUGCAAAUCGACAUUGGUAUUAUCAACAACACGUACGCGUAUGUUAUGAAUAAGCAAAAUUAUCAACGUCUGAAUCCCAGGCCAUGUACUCUCGUGUUGACAAUUACUUAUGUUGGUAUGUGAAUAUUACAAAAAGCGAAUUAUUAUCAAAGUGCCGAGAAUCUUGAUGAAAUUUUCAAUAAAUAUGGCAAUAUCAAAUCAAGUAUCGUAUUCAUUAAACAUUAACUCAUGCAAGAACCGAUUGCUGAUGAAAGAACUAUUGGUUCAACCCUUGUGCUACUUUUGUGUAAAUAUUAUGAUAAUACAGUAAGAACUCUGAAAACCGGACCCUAUCAAUACUUUACAAAAAGUCCUGUUUUCAGAGGAUUCCGGUUUUCAGAGGUUUUAUACAUUUAUUGAUAAUUAUGAUGAGUUUAAACAAUGACUUUGUUAAAUAAUUUUGUAUUUACUUUUCAAACCUUAUUAUUUCUUUUUGCAAUAAAUGUCUUAAGUAUUUUUAUUAUGCAAAUCCAUGAAUAUAAUUCAGAAAAUCAGUUAUUUAAAACAACACAUUGUCUGAAAUAUAUCCUAAUAUGGCUUUGAAAUAUGUAAUUUUUAUGGAAUUUAGUAUAACAGUACUAUUUUUGCAUUAAAUAAAUGUCCAAGCAAAGAUAACUUCAAGAUCGAAAUUUUAAGCAAAACAGGAAUCAUUUAACAAAAGUUUCAUAAUUCUUUAAGCCAUUUUAUAUAAAAAAAAAACAAAAAAAAACACAAGAAAUUAUAAACAUUUUGCAAAAUCAUACCUAUACAGGGAAAGACAGUUAUGAUGAAAUAGCUUUAAUCUAAUUGCCAAUAUAGAAAAUAAACACAUACUGAGAAUUGUUUUAACACCUGCAUACAUAAAAAGGAGGUGAUCAUUAACUGGUAAUUGAACAUGUGACCUGUUGAGCUACAUUAUAAUACACAGAAAAAUGACACUUGAAAUUGCUGUACGGUUUUGAGGAUUGUUUAUGCAUGUUUCCUAUUAGUAGCCAUAGAAAAUCGUCCGGUUUUCGGAAUUCAGAGGUUCCGGUAUUCAGAGGACUUUUUUCAAUGAACUUAUAAAGAGAAAAUACGCAAACUUUUAAAAUCGUCCGGUUUUCAUAAGAUUCCGGUUUUCAGAUGGUCCGGUUUUCUGAGUUUUUACUGUAUACUGUUAUAAAUGUGUACGAA